AUGUGUUAGGAAAUGAAAGAUCAGUGGAGGUCAGCAGAUAUUCAGGAGAUUCUGUGUUUCUCUCCUGUUUGAUCAAAUGUUCCACUCGACACAAUCCAGCAUCAGAGAUCAGAUGGAAAUUACCCAACCACCGAGAAGUAAAUAACUCUACUGGACUGAAGACACCCGAUGGAGGCGGAUUUCACAUGUUUGACACCAACUCAGGGAAUCUCACUCUGCUGAUUUCUGACCUGACGGAGAAAGAUGAAGGACUGUAUUCAUGCUGGAUCAAUGAGAAUCAACACAAGAGCUUCAGUCUCACCAUUAAAGGCUGUGCUUUACCCGAUCAUCAUCCUCAUAUUGUCAUGAUCUCAGAUGUGGGGGAGUCUGUGCUGCUUCCGUGUUUCUGUGAAGAUCCACAAACCAAACCCAAACACUUUGAAUGGAGGCGCUCGGCUGAGAACGAGACGCUGCUUUCAGAUGUUGAAGAAUUGAACAGCAGAUUUCAGACGAUCAGAGAUUCUGCUCAUAAUCUCUCCUUGUGGAUCUGGAACCUGACGGAGGCCGAUGGAGGAGUAUAUACAUGUACAGUCAAUGGAAAACACUCCACAAACAUUCAUCUCACUCUUACUGCAAAAACAAAUCCUGAAGAUUUCACCUCAAAUACUCUGACAUGCUCUCUGAUAUCUCUCAUCUGUCUGAUGCUCAUUCUGUUAGUGACUAGAUGCAUUUACUGGAGAUUCACUACAGAGAAAGAAAGAAGCAGACGAGUGAUCCAGAGAACAGAUGAUGAGGUGAACUUUUCAUAACAAGAUAAACAAGAAUAAAACGCAAAUUAAAUGUCAUUUGUGUGUCUAAACGUGUGUGUUAAUAGGAUGCGGUGACGUACUCCACUGUGACUCUUAUUAAAGGCAGAAAAACAGCAGAAAAACAACAACAACAGGUACGUAAAGUAUGUGUGGAAUCAAAAUGUACAAUAUUUAUUUUGCUAGCGCACAUCGCUUUAGGUGAACAAUUAAUCUGCUCGACUUAAUCCACUGAAAUUAACAAGGAUUAAUUAGUUUGUUUAGGUAGUCUUCAUUCUUCAGUCUGAGCCUCUGCUUCUGCGUUUGGAUUGGCUCCUUCUCAGAUGAUGUCAGUAUGAUGCUCCACCCAGAAUAUUCUUAGCCACGCCCCUCUUAUUGUUAGUUUGCUAUGAGAGAAUGAUGCACAAACAGAAAGCCCCGCCCCUACUCAAUAUUCAAUUUCAUUUGGAAGUAACAUACUGAAUUAUGUUGAUGCACACUGUGAUUGACAUUCUCUCUUUGUACGUGUCAUCAGAGGGGGAAAGC